AUGUCUGCAAAUGUCGAUCAGAGGUCAAAGGGACAGACCAAUCAAGUGUCCAACAUAUCUGGCAAAGAUGUGAUGAAGGAAGACGACCCAUACAUGCAGCCCCCACAUCAGAUGAGAUCAUGGAGUGAGCAGACUUCUGAUACAACAUAUGGAGCUCCACCGAUGUCGACUGCUAGCGUGUCUGAAUCGUUCUUUCAGAACUUUUAUCCCCCAAACAUGACCUACCCAUUCAUGAGCCAGACGCUUCCCGGCUCUGAAGGACCUUGGUCGAACGGCACAGACGCCAUGUUUGGCAUGGGUUAUGACUACAGUAACAUGUACAGUGGCUUUGGCUUCCCUCCUUUCAACAACUGGGACUACACCAACGACUACUGGACUCCCUCACAGGUGCGUAAGGACCAGAGGGGUUACACUACAGAUGAGGGGUACUACCCACCUGAAAUGAUGCCCCAAGAUGGAUACAGCAUGAUGAAUGGGGCGGCAGUGCCUCCGGAACCUCAAGAACCAAUUGGGACGGUGGAGCAAGGUAUUCGGGGAAUGAGCAUCGCAUCUGCAAGUUCGACUGCUGAUUCAUCUAGCAGGAAGAAGGUGGUUGAUGUGAGCCAGCCUCCCAUAAUGAUUGACAGCUUUAGCGGUGGGGAUAAUUCCCGUAUGAUAUCCCCUAACCACUCUCAGCCUGUGCAGUCUUCAUCUUUGGCAAUGUGCAGCGCCGGCCAGAACCACAGCGCGAGCCAGAGCCAGGCGAAGAAGACAUCGUGGGCGGCCAUUGCCAGCCAACCAGCCAGACCCCAACAGCAGUUUCGGCCCCGGACUAUACCACGUGCUCCUGCCAACCCUAAUAAACCCCAUAACAUGGAUAUAGGGACGUGGGACAACAGAGGUAAUCCCGCUAAGGCGCCUCUACCGCCACCACAGCCUUCCUCCUCUCAACCGCCCCAGGUCCGCCAGAGCUGGGUUCCUAGUUCGACUCGUGGCAGUAAUAAUCGACCGAUGCAGCCCUUCUCUACAACUGGGCCAGGAAAUGAGACAUCCUCUGAUGAUGUUGUGGAUUUGAACUCUAACAACAGCAGCAGUACUGGUAAUAUCGUUGUCACUCAGAGUAACCUGGGCAGUAAUUCGCCUUCUUAUUCGGACUACAGUAACGUCGGUGGUAAUACAGGUGCUAGAAGCAAUGCUGAAGACGAGAGUCCAACAACGAAUGGUGACACUCACCCACCCAGCGUUCCUGAUUACUCUCAUCCUGUCCUGGACCAACUGAAAUCUUCCAACCUGUACAACCCCAAAGAAUUCACCCUGAAUCAGAAAUCUGCCCGCUUUUUCAUUAUAAAAUCAUAUUCAGAGGAUGAUAUUCACAGAUCCAUCAAGUACAAUAUUUGGUGCAGUACGGAACAUGGCAACAAAAGGCUAGAUGCCGCAUUCCGUGAGAGGGAGGGCAAGGGUCCUGUCUACCUCAUCUACUCCGUCAACGGUAGUGGGCAUUUCUGCGGCAUCGCCCAGAUGAUGUCGCCGGUGGACUACAACAAAAGUGCAGGGGUGUGGGCUCAGGACAAGUGGAAAGGCCAGUUUGUGGUGAAGUGGGUGUAUGUAAAGGAUGUUCCAAACAGCCAGUUGAGACAUAUCCGUCUGGAGAACAAUGAGAACAAGCCGGUAACCAACUCCCGUGAUACCCAGGAAGUCCCGCCAGAGAAAGGCAAGCAGGUCUUGCGAAUUGUGCACAGUUACAAGCACACCACGUCGAUUUUUGACGACUUUGUCCACUACGAGAAGAAGCAGGAGCAAGAUGCAAGUACUGUCCAGCAGCGGGACAGCCGCAAUGACUCCAGAGGCGAUCAUCGCGGUGGAGACAGGGAAAACAGAGGGG